AUGGCUAAAGAAGUUAAAGUGAGGGACAGUUUUUGUGAAGAGGUGACCUAUUUUGGUGAAAACCAUCUAGCUUUUACUCGACUUUUUCGGUGGGAAAUGAGUACUCUGCAAGGUCCAGUCGUUUGCCCUUCUGUCCGUGGGAAGCAAGGUGGGAUUCCUGCAGUCGAUGGACCUUUGAUGAAGGCAAAGAUUCAUAGAAGUGGAAUAUGUGGAUUUAAAGGCGUCAACAGUCAUAGGGUUCAAGUGCGCCAUCGACCUGGUUCAAAGACUGUGACAUGUAGUUUCAGUUCUUCUUCAAAUGGAAAUGGUAGCAUGGCUGAGAGUUUCAAUGAAAAUGAUUCAGAUUAUGUCAACUCCAGUGUGGUUGAAGCUGUUGAGGUCAAAAGUGGCCCUGAUGGAUUUGUGAUUAAAAUGAGAGAUGGGAAGCAUUUAAGAUGUGCUCAUAACAAUCCUCAAGGUGGACAUCUGCCUGAUUAUGCUCCACAUCCUGCAAUUGUACUAAAGAUGGAAGAUGGAACUGGACUUCUUCUUCCUAUAAUCGUUUUGGAGAUGCCUAGUGUAUUGCUCAUGGCUGCUAUGCGCAAUGUCCAAAUUGCUAGACCAACUAUGUAUAAUGUGGUGAAGGAAAUGAUUGAUAAGAUGGGCUAUAAGGUCAAACUUGUUCGAGUAACAAAGAGAAUACACGAGGCGUAUUUUGCUCGAUUAUAUCUCACAAAGGUGGAUGAUGAAAAUGAGUGUGUUAGCUUUGACCUUCGUCCCUCUGAUGCCAUUAAUAUUGCUGUGAGGUGCAAGGUGCCAAUACAAGUGAACAAAUUCUUGGCACAUAGUGAUGGGAUGAAGGUUGUUGAAUCUGCAAAGAUUUCAUUCCAGGGUUCUUCAGAUGGUUUAAUAUUUAAAGAACUUGAUCGACCAAGUGGGCAGCCUUGUAUUGAAACCAAAGAGUUUAAUCUUGUAAGAAACAUGCUUAUUGCUGCUGUUGAAGAACGUUAUAGAGAUGCAGCUCAAUGGAGGGACAAGCUUACACAAUUCCGAUCAAAGAAGAACUGGGCAUAAAAGGAGGAUCGAAUCUGUAAAUAAUUGGUCUACAAAGUUUGUUAAGUAAAUAAUUGGGUCUGUGUAGUUUUAUGUUACUGUUAUGUUAUGUUAUGUUAUGUUAUGUUAUGUUAUGAUGUAAGCCUUUCGUAAAUUUGUGAAUAGUUGAAAAGUUGUAACACGAUGUCUACUCUUAUGGACACGUUUGCUUUCUGUGUCUUUUUCAUAGCUCUGUAUAGUUAUGUAUGCUUUUAGUUAUAAGUUUAUUAGGA